UGGCACGUUUACGUGGCAUUGCAUGAACAAUGAGCGUUACCCGGAAGUGCUACAUUUGGCAGAAACAUUUCGAGCUAGAUAGCUAUAAAGAAUAAUAGCUAAGUGCAGUUCGUUUUGAGCAAUAAAAAAAAUAUUUAAAAAAAAGCUAUAUUGAAGAGUACGAUAUGGGCAAUACACUUUCUAGGGAUGACAACGUGUCAACUGUAGGCAACAAGACUUGUGAGGGAAGAUAGUUAGCCUAGCAGACAAUCUAAUUUACUAACGUUACAGUAGCUAGUACUAGACUGUGUUUAGAUUUCUGCAAAAGUAAGAAUCAGAUUAGCUAGAUUGACAUGAUUGCAUAAACAACCGUGUUCAAGAUCAAUACCGUGGUGCCUCGUUAAAUCGUUAUUUAGCUAGAUAGCGGAACUGACAACAUGGCUGUUAGACCUCUGUGCAGCUAGUUUUAGCUAGCUAUCAUUGCUGCGAAGUCGAUUCUUGUGAUCAUUGUUUGACAUUUUAGUCAUUAAGUAGACGCUCUUGUCAAGAGCGACUUACAAUUCAUGAAUUCGUUUUAAGAUAGUUAGGUCAGACGACACAUCACGUUACAUUUUCCCUCAAAGUAUUUAUCACCAAAGUCAGUGCUAGUGGGAAAAGAGAUUUAGUGUUAUUUUUACAGUUGGCGUUAUCUGUCAAGCAAUCAAGCUUGCCAACCUAUCUAGCUAGUCAGUUUCUGGGUUCAGAUUAGUCUGAGUUUACCGCUCUAACUACCGCUUUCCAGUAGUCAGGCUAAUAGUUGCUAGCAAAGCACAGCUUCAAUUAUGUCUAUGGACGACUUCACUUCGAUCAGCCUGCUGUCACUGGCAAUGCUAGUGGGAUGUUAUGUGUCUGGAACCAUUCCUCUGGCUGUCAACUUCUCAGAGGAGAAACUGAAGCUGGUGACGGUCCUGGGAGCAGGGCUGCUGUGUGGUACUGCCCUGGCUGUCAUCAUCCCUGAGGGGGUGCAUGCCCUGUACGAGGAGGUCCUGGAGGGUGUGCACCACGCCCCUGGCCAGGUGGAGGGGGUGGGGGUGUCUGAGCCCAGGGAAGGUGUGGAUGCAGCUCUGGGGGUCAGUGGGGAGCACAGCCACGAGCACCUCCAUGCCUACAUCGGGGUUUCCCUGGUCCUGGGGUUUGUCUUCAUGCUGCUGGUCGACCAGAUAGGAAGCGCCCACGUACACAGCAGUGUUGACGAUCCAGAGUCUGCGAGGAUUGCCAGCUCAAAGAUCACCACCACCUUGGGACUGGUUGUCCAUGCGGCAGCUGACGGAGUGGCUCUCGGAGCAGCUGCUUCAACUUCCCAGACCAGUGUUCAGCUCAUUGUCUUUGUGGCCAUCAUGCUUCACAAGGCCCCAGCAGCCUUUGGCCUGGUCUCUUUCCUCAUGCAUGCUGGUCUGGAGAGGAACCGGAUCCGUAAACACCUGCUGGCCUUUGCCCUGGCAGCACCUGUCCUUGCCAUGGUUACCUUCGUAGGACUCAGCCAGAGCAGUAAAGAGGCACUGUCCAACGUGAACGCCACAGGCGUGGCCAUGCUGUUCUCUGCCGGGACCUUCCUGUACGUCGCCACCGUACACGUUCUGCCCGAGGUGGGCGGGACCGGACACAGCCACUCCCCCACGCCGGGGAAGGAAGCAGCGAAGGGACUGAGCAAGGUGGAGGUUGGGGCCCUGGUUCUGGGCUGUCUGAUACCGCUGGUGCUGUCUGUUGGACACCACCACUAGACAUACAGAGGAGACCCAGAGGAGGAGAGGAAAAGAGGGAUGUAAGAGAGGAAGAGUGGGUUUAGAGAGAAAGCAGCCUAACAGACACCUCUUAUCACACAUCUCAAAUGUCUUAUUUACCAUCAGUUGAUGGGACUUCUGAUUUGGUUGGAUUGCGGUUGUUGUGUCCUCGUCGCCGGGACAACGACCUGCGGGUGGAAUCGGAACCGCGCUGGACAACACAAAGGGAUGAUGAUGUCAUAACCAUAGUAACAAGGACCUCCCACUUGUUCAACACUCUAAAGGAAGUACUAUCUGCUGAUACUGAUGACCAGACUGCUACCAUGUUUUCUGCUUCUUUUAAGCAGACAUUUAUUUUUCUAUUUUCAGGGGAGGGGGUUCUCUCUAGGUAGGCUUUACAGAAAGCAGGGGAGUUGAUUAUUAUGGUUGUAUCCUGUUUCAGUGCUACAAAUGAACUGUCAACUCCUGAACUCAUGUUAAUGUACCUGCUUUUGUUGUUGUUGUUGUUGUUGUUGAGGACUGGGCUGUGAGAAAUGUAGAGAUACUUGUGACAUCUUGCAGUAAAACUAAAGUUUUUAAAUCAAGAGUGAUUUUUCACCCUCACUGGUUUUCAUGCUAUGUUGAGCUUACACUCUGACACACGGUGCUCUUACUGUGUGAUGGAAUGUAGUCUAUGUUUAUAUCCUCGCUAGUGGAAUCAGUAACUAUGUAGAAGUUUACAUGUGAGUAGUUGCACUUCUAUGACGUUUGGCCUGAUCUAUAGGCUGUUUAUCUACCGUACUGUUAAAGGACGUUGGACAUCUGAGAGACAUGUUGUCUAUAAGACUGCUUUCCACAGACUCUAACCUGUUAACUGAGGCUUAACGGGGCAAUCUGCAGUUCAAACGAUAACAAAAGGAACCCCCCCCCCCCCCGCCUUGUUGGGUAAACAGCUUAAAGGAUGACUGUCUUGCUUCAGCCUCAUAAUGGAAGCCCUGGCCCCAGGACCAGCCUCUAAAUUAUACACCAUAAUGGAAGCCCUGGCUCCAGGACCAGCCUCUAAAUUAUACACCAUAAUGGAAGCCCUGGCUCCAGGACCAGCCUCUAAAUUAUACACCAUAAUGGAAGCCCUGGCUCCAGGACCAGCCUCUAAAUUACACACCAUAAUGGAAGCCCUGGUUCCAGGACCAGCCUCUAAAUUAUACACCAUAAUGGAAGCCCUGGCUCCAGGACCAGCCUCUAAAUUACACACCAUAAUGGAAGCCCUGGCUCCAGGACCAGCCUCUAAAUUAUACACCAUAAUGGAAGCCCUGGCUCCAGGACCAGCCUCUAAAUUAUACACCAUAAUGGAAGCCCUGGCUCCAGGACCAGCCUCUAAAUUAUACACCAUAAUGGAAGCCCUGGCUCCAGGACCAGCCUCUAAAUUAUACACCAUAAUGGAAGCCCUGGCUCCAGGACCAGCCUCUAAAUUAUACACCAUAAUGGAAGCCCUGGUCCCGGGACCAGCCUCUAAAUUAUACACCAUAAUGGAAGCCCUGGCUCCAGGACCAGCCUCUAAAUUAUACACCAUAAGAUCUAAACUUAUAUCAGCCCUUGAAUUACCCUGCUUUCUUUCACGAUUAGUUUAAAAUGUGGUUCUCUCCAGACCUGUUUUCCUGAGUGAUUGCAGAAUAGCUACUGGUCUACUUGAUGGUGGUGGACUGGGUGAUUGUAGAAUAACUACUGGUCUAUUUGAUGGUGGUAGACUGGGUGAUUGUAGAAUAACUACUGGUCUACUUGAUGGUGGUGGACUGGGUGAUUGUAGAAUAACUACUGGUCAACUUGAUGUUGGAGGACGGAGGACUGGGUGAUUGUAGAAUAACUACUGGUCUAUUUGAUGGUGGUAGACUGGGUGAUUGUAGAAUAACUGCUGGUCUACUUGAUGUUGGAGGACGGAGGACUGGGUGAUUGUAGAAUAGCUGCUGGUCUACUUGAUGUUGGAGGACGGAGGACUGGGUGAUUGUAGAAUAGCUGCUGGUCUACUUGAUGUUGGAGGACGGAGGACUGGGUGAUUGUAGAAUAGCUGCUGGUCUACUUGAUGUUGGAGGACGGAGGACUGGGUGAUUGUAGAAUAGCUGCUGGUCAACUUGAUGUUGGAGGACGGAGGACUGGGUGAUUGUAGAAUAGCUGCUGGUCUACUUGAUGUUGGAGGACGGAGGACUGGGUGAUUGUAGGGUACAUGUCAUUUAGCAUUUUUCAGUGAGUAGUCAGACCAAUAGACACAUUAUAAUGAAUUCUGAGGGACCAGAAAUAUGGAGUGUAGGGAGACAGACAGACAGACACCUGUAGAUGUUCCAUCUAUGUGCAGACAGAAAGCUUUGUCUGGACCACGUAGUGUCUGUCUAUGAAGAGGGACUUAGCUAUUUGCAUUUGGGCCAAAUAAAACAGCAGUUCUGACGUAAUGACUUUAGUUUUUUUCCCUCCGAUUUGCUUUAAUUUAUCUUCUGUCUUUAUCAGUGUUCUAAAAUCUCAGCAAUAAUCAUGUUCAUUUUGUGAGAUCUGGUGUCCGUGUCUACCCACACAGAGUUAUCCAUUAUAUUGACCAUCUCUAACAAUUGAAAGAGAUGCCACUCAAUGGCGCUAUUCGAUCAAAUAAGCCACACGUAGAAAAUAAGCCACACGUAGAAAAUAAGCCACACGUAGAAAAUAAGCCACACGUAGAAAAUAAGCCGCACGUAGAAAAUAAGCCAUACGUUUUUUUUAUUUUUAUUUUUUUAACAAAUUUGACACUCAUUAACCUCUGUAGAAAACCUCCUGGCUUAGUGAGUGAAACAUUUUAUACAAAAACACCACCUGCUGGAGAAGCCAUAUUUUGGGCCCAGUUAUCCCUCUUUCUUCUGGGGUUGUAGAGGUGGUUGUUCAGUUCCUUCAGUUGCACACUGGUUCUUUCCCCACCAUGAGAUUUCAUGGAACCAAACUGUAAGUCUGUUCUGAAGGGAUGUCCUCCCUAAUGGUUCUUAGUGAAAUAGUGGAUCUCGUGAAGCCUCUUGGAUCUAGUCGAGGGAUGUGAAUUCCUAACCUUCUGGAUCUAGUCAAAAGACGUGUGUGUGUGUGUGUGUGAGAGAGUUGAGGGGCAUCGGGGGGUAGCAGUAGACGUGUAUGUGUGAGAGUUGUUGAGGGGCAUCGGGGGGGUAGCAGUAGACGUGUGUGUGAGAGAGAGUUGAGGGGCAUCAGGGGGGUAGCAGUAGACGUGUGUGUGAGAGAGUUGAGGGGCAUCAGGGGGGUAGCAGUAGACGUGUGUGUGAGAGAGAGUUGAGGGGCAUCAGGGGGGUAGCAGUAGACGUGUGUGUGAGAGAGUUGAGGGGCAUCAGGGGGGUAGCAGUAGACGUGUGUGUGAGAGAGUUGUUGAGGGGCAUCGGGGGGUAGCAGUAGACGUGUGUGUGUGAGAGUUGAGGGGCAUCAGGGGGGUAGCAGUAGACGUGUGUGUGUGAGAGUUGAGGGGCAUCAGGGGGGUAGCAGUAGACGUGUGUGUGUGAGAGAGUUGUUGAGGGGCAUCAGGGGGGUAGCAGUAGACGUGUGUGUGAGAGAGAGUUGAGAGGCAUCGGGGGGUAGCAGUAGACGUGUGUGUGAGAGAGUUGUUGAGGGGCAUCGGGGGGUAGCAGUAGACGUCGUCGGGGAUUGUCAUGUGAUCAUUCCAUAAGGACUGAAAAAGUUAAAUCUGUUGCAAAACUGUGUUUUUAUGAUUUAUUUAAAUAAAUCAAUUGGUGCAAUGUC